CAAUGAGCUAGUGUUGCCACCUUAUUGCAUGUUAAACUAUGAAUCAUUUGUAGGUUACUAUUAGCAGAAUAUAAAAUAAUUUUGUUUGGAUAUACUUACUGCUUAACGUAAAAAGUUAUGCCAUAUAAUAUUUUACACAAAAAGUUUAGUUUUAAAGUUUUCUAACAUUGGUUGUGAACAAUUAUAGUACCUGUCUUCCCUGUUCUUGUUUGCUUUUAAACAGCUGUGCCAACUGAGGUGAACUGCUGCUACCUAGUGGUUGUAUUUGACACUGAAAUAUUCUGAGAAGGCCUUCUUACAGCCGAAAAGCAAAGCAAAAAAUACACAUAUACGAUAUUUCUGCUAAUACAACACCACAUCCUGUUACCGACGUGUAUAAUAACCAUAACAUUGUCUACAGACAAAAUAUAAUCACGUUUGUAUAGGCUGCACUACAGUUCCCAUGAUGCCCUGCCAAUCUUGGAUAAGCUUGCUGGAGUCACAUGGCGCCAGCUGCCUGAGUAGAUCUAUAAGCUAAGUGAACUGGAUCGCCUCCAUCAGCGAAUGGCGCUAGAGUGAAGUCCAGAUAUUUGUUACAGCUUCUAAAGCGCGCUACGGCUCCUAAACGUAUCCCUGGUUUAUAUUUGGCUUAAAGGAGACGCAACAAUGCGCACAAAAUGGUCGUGCGCCAGGUCCGUGCGAAUUACUAGGUUUACUAUAGCUUUAAGAAUGCUAAAUAGUGUCUGCUUCUUUAAAAUUAUAUCAGUUUAAUAUAAUAUGGAUAAUAGUGAAAAGUUUUUGAUUUAUAAUAAAUAAAUACGAGCAAUUUAUUUGCGACGACCACGGAGCACACAGAAAAUGUGCCACACUUGGAUAAAGGCCGCUUGCAAUCAGAACGUCUUUAAACCAACUACGAACCGUUUUUCUAUUAUUUUCAAGCAAGCCUGAUUGACUCUGAGCAGAAGUGGACGCCAAACUAAGUGUUAUCGAUGUGAUGGAAUCGGUCGGUGAUCGAAACGGGAAUGUAAAUCAAGGCGAACAACCAGCAGAGGACAAGGCCGCAGAGCAGACCCCGGGCACUAGUAAGACCGUCACAUCGAGGAUGGGGCUGAGGGACCGGACACAGAGUCGGCCGAGGUCCGGUGUUUCUGCAUCUUUAGCGGAGGUUAACGGCGCGGCUCCAAGCCCACAGAGCUCAGGUCGAGUGUUAAGGGACAGGUCAACGAGGACAGUACCCGCCUGGUUAAAGGACACCAAGAGCGAGGACGAGGACCAACCGAGCCUGGACACUGGGGCGACCAAGCGGCGGAGAAUUUCAAACUCCGGGAGGAAGAGAAAUUCGGUACCUGCGUAUUCGGUGGAGGCUGUAGAGGGGCUGGCAACUGACAGCCUUCAAGGCACAGACUCUGAUGAACUCCAGAAAUCUUCAAAAGACGUUCAAGCACUUCCCUCCAGACGCUCCACAGCACACACUCGUGCCAACCCCCUGUCUGGCAGAGCCAGCCGCAGCUCCACGAAGACAACGUGUAAAACUGAACCAGGAUUAGAUAAUCCUGCUGCGGAGGGAGAGGUGAACGAUAAGGAGAAGGAUGAGAUGGAAAACACAGACAGGGAAAGUGAAGAUGUUGCAGAAUUGGUUUUGGAAAACGAAGAGUCUGAAAUUCAGGAUAUUGCAAAUGACCUCAACUACCAGCCUCAGACCCUGAGUAGUGGCGAGGAAGAAGAGGGUCUAAGCACUGAUGAAGAUCUCCCCUUCAGAGACGACUUAAAUGAUGAGAGCUACGACCCUAAAGUGGAAAGCAGGGAUGCACCUAAGCCAAAACGCAGAGCUCCUCCCAGACAGAAGGAAAAGAGAGAAAAAGAAAGGGCACCUAAAAAAGAGAAGGAGGUCGCAGAGAUAAAAAUAGAAGUUCUGGACAAUGUGGCGAAUGCUGAAGAGGAAGUGAAGAUGGAAGAAGAAAAUCUGGAGGACCGAGAUGGACCCAGGAAAAGAGGCAGAAAGAAGAAGGACGACAAAACACCAAGGCUUCCAAAGAGGAGGAAGAAGCCUCCGGUGCAGUACGUACGCUGUGAAAUGGAAGGAUGUGGCACAGUUUUGGCUCAUCCUCGCUACCUGCAGCAUCAUAUAAAGUAUCAGCACUUGCUCAAAAAGAAAUACGUAUGUCCUCACCCGUCCUGUGGACGUCUCUUCCGCCUUCAAAAACAGCUGCUACGCCACGCCAAGCAUCACACAGACCAGAGAGACUACAUCUGUGAGUUCUGUGCUCGUGCCUUCAAGAGUUCGCACAACUUGGCUGUUCACCGAAUGAUACACACAGGAGAGAAGCCUCUGCAAUGUGAGAUUUGUGGCUUUACCUGUCGCCAAAAGGCAUCUCUCAACUGGCACAUGAAGAAGCACGACGCUGAUGCCACCUAUCAGUUCUCCUGCUCUAUCUGUGGAAAGAAGUUUGAGAAGAAAGACUGUGUAGUGGCCCAUAAGGCCAAGAGCCACCCAGAGGUUCUCAUCGCCGAGGCGUUGGCAGCCAAUGCCGGUGCGCUCAUCACAACCCCCACCUCCCUGUUGGAGCAGCAAGGAAAACCAGCGCAGACAGAAGUCACUGGUUUGAAUGUGAGUGAAGCAGGAAAGGAAGGGCAGGUGGACACCCUGAGCCAUGAAGGGCAGGCUGGACAGCAGGUAGCCCAGGUGUCUCAGCUAAGUCAGGCAACCCAGCAAAUGAGCCACCAGCUGGUUUUACUGGGACAAGACCAGAACCUCCAUACCAUGCAGGUGCCAGUGACCAUUGCCCUGACCCCUGUAAACCCCCCAUCCGUGACUGACAGCCAGCAGCAGACCCGCCUGCAGCUGCAGAUGCCCGUCCAGUUUGUGCAGGCUGCUCAGCAGCCACAGAUCCAACAACUGACCCUCCAGCCCCAGAUGCAGCCCCAGCUCCAGUCUUAUCCUCCUCAGCAUCAGGGGCAAGGGCAGACUCAGAUCCUACAAAUGACUUUCCAGCCAGUCAGCCAGUCUCAAACCCACGUUCAGCACAUCCCUGUUCUAGCAACGUCUCCUCAAAUUCAAACAACCGCUGUGAGUCCCACUCUCCUCUCCCAAUCCACACCCCUGUCACAGAACGCAGCCUCUGCAAACGGGGGCAGCUUCAUCCUGGACACCCCGGGGCUGAUGUCUUCCUCAUUAGCAGAUAACUCCCUGCAGCAAACGGCGAUGGUGGGGGAGGACGGGAAAGGCUGGGACGAGACGGGGCAGGAAGUUGUUUCACAGCACUGAGAGACGUUCACAGCAGCAGGCCCUCGUGUAAAACAAGUAUGGAGCACAUUAGUGACCUGAUAUACCGUACUGCAACAUUGGAAGUGAUGUAGGCUCACAAUUAUUAUAUGAACUGUUCACUCAUAGUCCUAUUUGGUAAUUUUUUUUAGAUUAUAUCUAUCAGGGAAAUAUAUGUAUUUGUCUUUAUGUGUGCCUUUGUACAUAAGUCAUGUAAACAUAACUUUGCCUUUUAUGUGGGUGUGUGUAUUAAUACUGAGGUUUAAAUGGCAAAGCUUUUGCUAAUAUGCAAUAAUAUAUAGCAUACCUCUUGGUGAUGUACAGCACAUCAAAUGCCAAAAUGUUUGGCAGGUUCCUACUAGUACACGUCCUAGGUUAUAGUGUGUUAAACACCCGAGCUGUGUUAGAAUCUGUGAAUCUUAUAUGUGGGGACAAAAGAAAACACUUACUAAAUUUAUUUCACAACAUGAGGCUCUGACCACACAGAAACUAAAGACAAAAAAUAAUUUAGUUGUAGUUGUGUACUAUUUAGACAUAUUUGACAGUUAUUUUAACAGUUUUUAAGGACGACUAAAACAGACCGUCUUCACCUUUACAAUGUUAUGGAAUCUGAUACGUUUAGCUGUGUAGUUGUCAGAGCAUAUGUCAGUACUAAAUCAGAACACUUUAGAUCACCCUUUAGGAAGGUGGUAGCUAAAACAUGUUAAUUUAAAUGAUGUAAAUAAAUGUAUUAACACUUUAAAGUCUUUUUAUUGACAGUUCGACAACAUUAUUUGGGAUUAUUUAAUUCCCUCACACUGGAAGCAGGUGGAUUGGUGGAAGCUUCUGAGACUCGGCACCAUUGGAGCCACCAUCACAGGAUUCUUCAUCAUUUACACGCUGAGGGAGAUGAUGAUUACCAGGAGAGGAAACGACUGGGGUCUGUAUGUCACUGUCAUGAGCAAACUUGCAUUUUAUGCCAAACCUGCACCUUCCAUCUUUCCUGUAGGACACACACAUCCUUUUUCCUCCUAUCUGGGAAGGUUUGGCCUGGGUUGUAAGAGGGACAUGUUUCUGUAAUGCGCUGAGUUUCUGCAUUGCCUGAGCCUUGAAUGGAUUUAAAAAUACGCUGCUUGUAGAACAAGCACU